GCCAAUCACAAGCCGACCUUCACAACAGCCAAGAAGCGCGCUCGCCUGGCGCUCUCAGCGCCUGUUUUCAUGUCAUCUUCAUCUGAGCUUGAAACGUCGAGCGUCGCGCCUGCCCGACGCAGUAGCCGUCAUUGCACAUAGACGUGACGAAGCCCGCCCAUGGCCGACUCAUACCUCCUCGACCUUGCGACGCACGGCGCCGAGAACCCGACAGAGACCGUGUCCUAGCGCAAGAUCGGCCAGGACUCGAUGACGGAGCUCUCGUCAGCACUGUCGACCGCAUGACGCUGGCCCGGCAGCCCACCCGCGAAACGAAGCCCGCGGCGCUGUUCACGUCAUGCGCACCCGAGAUACGUGGAAGGCAAUGUGACCCGCAUUGAAUGCUGCUGCAUAUACACGUUGCCGCCACCACGACCAAGGAAAGUCGUGCUCGAUCACAUGAGCGGCAUUUCCAAAGGCUUUGGCUUUGUGCGAUUUGGCGUCAAGGCCGAGGCCGACCAGGCGCUGCUGCAGAUGCACGGCGAAGGGUGCUUGGGAAGGCCGAUGCGGGUGAGCGCCGCGACCGACCGCGCCAAGCACCACCCGCCGACAACGCCGUCCAAGCCGUCGCCGUCACCAGAAGACGAGACUAACACGACCGUGUUUGUCGGCGGCCUCGACGCGAGCAUAACGGAAGACGAUCUGCGCAAGCAGUUCAGCGCCAUUGGCCAAGUGCUGAGCAUCAAGAUCCCGCUGGGCCGCGGCUGUGGCUUUGUACAGUACUCGACGCGCGCGCACGCCGAGCAAGCGAUCCAGGACAUGUCGGGUGUGACGCUCGGUGCGCCCAAGCUGCACGUACCCGUACCUGCCAGUUGCGGAGAAGACGAUGAACAGUGAAAGAAAGUGGUACUUACGCGCAGGUUGUUGCUAUGCGCGCGCGCUUGGCUGCCUUCUCUCCGCCGGCAGCCGACUUGGCGGGGCGCCGCUUGGGGAUGUUGCAC